AUGUUAUUGUUAACGGGUAAUAAUACUACAAAUUUUACAAUAACUCUAGAGACAACUCAAUCAUCAUUUAACGGUUUAUUUUAUUUUGUUCCAUUUUAUCUUAUCAUAUUUUUUGUUGGAUGUUUUGGUAAUGGUUUAGUUAUAGUUAGUAUACUACGUUCACAUCGAUUAAGAACUGUUACGAAUACUUAUCUAUUAAAUUUAGCCGUUGCCGAUUUUCUUUUACUAUUAAGUGUACCAUUUUUAAUAACAAAUAUUUUAGCAAAUGGUUGGAUAUUUGGAGCUGUAUUAUGCAAAAUGUAUUACAAUUUUAUUCAUAUUAAUCAAUAUGUUAGUUCAUUAUUAUUAGUUGCACUCUCAUUCGAUCGAUGGUUAGCAGUUUGUCAUCCAUUGAAAGCAAUACUUUUUAGAACACCUUAUAAAUGUGGAAUUAUUAUAACAGCGUGUUGGCUCAUGAGUGCUUUAUUUUUAUCUCCGACUUGGUUAUAUGCCAUGGUAACAUCUGAUCCACCUAAAAUUUUUUGGCGAGGUUAUUUAGUUCAAAAAUGUGUUAUUGAUUUUCCGGCUAUCAGUCGAGUACCACCAGAAAUCGUAUUUACUUAUUAUGCAUUUUUUGUUGGUUUUGUAUUUCCUGUUACAUUAAUUACCACAUUUUAUCUUAAAGUUUUAAUUCGUCUUCAUAAAAUUCGUCAAAAACAUCAAUCAGAAAUGAAACAACGUUCUCAUAGAAAAGUCACACGUAUUGUAUUAGCUGUUAUUACUGCCUAUUUCGUUUGUUGGAUACCAUAUUGGUUUUUACAAAUAUAUAUUACCAUCGAUCCAUUACUUCAAUCUCUUCAAUUAUCACCACUUUCUUCAUCUUCAACAAGAACAUUGAAAAGUACACUGUUAAAAGAAUUAACUAAUUUUACAUUGAUUGUUGGUUAUGCAAAUAAUAGUCUUAAUCCAGUUUUAUAUGUUUUUCUAAGUGAAUCAUUCCGAGAAGAAUAUCUUCAAGUAUUAAAAUGUUUUUCAACGCCAUUAAAAAAUCAAAAUGAUGAUAUAAAUUAUUAUUACAAUCAAUCAUCAUUAAAAAAGAUUCGUUAUAGAAAAAAACAUAGUGUAGCAUUAGAAGAAGUAACAGCUGCUCAAGAAGUAACAUCAUCAGCCACUGUUACUACCAAUACAUUAUUUUUAUCCUAUUUUCAACUAAGUAAAAAACGUCGUCGAAGUUCAUCUAAUAAACCAGAUGAUUCAAAUAAAAAUAAUAAUUUUUUAUUAAAACCUUAUAAUAAAUAUCAGCAUAGUCAAACAUCAACUUAUCUUUACUCAAAUUACAAUGAUUAUAUGAGUGAAUUAAAUCAAACUCAAACCCAAUUAUCAAUUAAACAAACUAAAUAUUUAAAAAUUGAAGAUGAUGGUGGUGUUUAUUGUGGUUAA